UCCUCUCGUGGGCCGCCGCUAUUGGACGCGCAGUCUAAUAAUGCUAAACCACAGAGGCGCAGGUGCCAAAACCGAAACCUCCCGCAUGUAAAUUUCAUAUUCAGUUUUCAAAGCAACGCUUACACAACGCACAACACGCUAAGAGUUUCGACGAUCUCUUCCCGUUUGUCUUUGUGAAGACAGUGAAGUCAGUCAGUGUUGAUUUGAUUGUACUGAAGUUCUAAGUGAUGCCCCAGCUCACGUCAGGUGUGAUCCUGCAGCUGACGCUCCUGCUGUCCGCUUUACCUGCGCAGUAUCUCAUCUCCAGGUGGACAGGAAGAACCGCCACACAGCGACACAUCGCCACUCAGACAAUCAUCGACACAUGGAGCACCAUGAGGAAAUCCUACCUGAACACCACUGUUUGGGUUGACUGGAUAAAUACAUGGAUUCCCAAACUACCGUCAUUUGGAGAAGAAGAAGAACAGUACCAAACACUGGAAGAAGCUUUUGCCAUUGAGCUGUUGAUGCACGAUAAUGAGCAUGGCUACUUUGCAGUCUCAAAGGAUGUGCGAAGCCCCAGACCAGCAUAUGUGCUGCAUCGUGUAGGUGAAGUUGUUCUGGAGACUCAAAAUAAAAUGAUUGGUGUGAUCGUGGGCUGGGAUGCAGGACUCCGAGCCCCUCCAGAGUGGAUCAAAAGAAAGAAAUACACAGACACAGAGCUGGAGAGAGCAAAGGACACUCCUCAUUACAGAAUUCUCUUCAGUGGACCAGAUUCCUCAUCAAUAUUGAUCGGAUACAUUCCCCAGUAUAAUGUGAAGAUUUUUCGUGGCUUUGAGCUGGACAUUGCAACUCUAGAGCAUUAUUUUUCAUACUUCAAUGGGGAAACAUUUGUCAUGCAGGAAUGGCUGCAGGAAAUCUACCCUCAUGACUGAACCAGCACAAACACUUUAAAACCGGAAGUCUGUUACUUUCCAUUGACAGUAUUGAUUCUUUUAAUGCAACAAGGAAAAGAUCAAAAAGGAAGCAAGUACAUUUGAGAGAGUUUUACUAUAGGCAGCCCCAAAUACAUAAACACUGAGUAAUUGUACUUAUUAAACUUGUUGAAUAUUUGUGUCAGCUUUCUCAGGGCAGAAUAGUAAAAAAUUCUAUUAUCACAUUUUUAGAAUCAUAUUAAUUUCAAGCAUUUGUAAAGUUAUGAGAAAAACUAAUUGGGAUGUCAAUUAGUUUAAUUGUAGUCUAAAUUUAAUGUCCAACCGGCCACUUUAUUAGGUACACCUUACUAGUACUGGGUUGGACCCACUUUUGCCUUCAGAACUGCCUUAAUCCUGCUUUAAGAUUUAAUAUGGCACAUGGCGCUGGAAGUAGAAGUAGAAGAUGGGUACACUGUGGUCAUAAAGGGAUGGACAUGGAUGGACAUACUCAGGUAGGCUGUGGCGUUGACAUGAUGCUCC